AUGUCGGAAUAUUUUAGAAAGUAUAUCAAAAAAGAGCAUUAUGCUAACCAUUAGUACUAGUUUAUGAAUUAAUUGUAGCUCAAACCUUAAAUUCAAAACUUCUUUCAGAAAUUGCAUAUUGGAAGUAUUUAACAAUUAUUAAAUCAGGCGUUUAAAAGGAGAUUAUGGAAGGAGACAGAUGGGGAUGAUUGGGACAUAAUGUGGGCUGAGAAGGAAUGGAUUCAUGAAGUAAUGGAUCAUACUCAUCUUUAAUCUAAUCAAAAAAUCAAUCAUUUCAGAAAUCAUUACGAAUUAACAAGAAAAGAUCUCAUGAUUAAGAAUUUUAAAAGGUAUAAGAAAAAUUUAGAAAGAGAAGGGAAAAAUGAAGAAGCUAAUAAUUAUAAUUUCUUCCCUCUAACCUUCCACUUGCCCAGCGAAUACCCGAUAUUUUUUGAAGAAUUCAAAAGGUAAUCCAACAACGGUGAUACCAAAACAGCUUGGAUUAUGAAGCCUAUUGGUAAAUCAUAAGGAAAAGGUAUAUUCAUCUUCAACAAAAUCCAACAAAUAUCCCAAUGGAAGAACACUCUAAGAUAUAAUUAAGAUAAUCCAUAGGCUGAAGCCUAUAUAGUUUAAAAAUACAUAGCAGACCCUCUCCUUAUUGGAGGAAAGAAAUUCGACAUGAGAAUAUAUUUGCUUUGCACAUCUUAUUAGCCCUUGACAUUAUACUUGUAUAGGACGGGCUUUGCAAGAUUUACACAUCAUCGUUAUGAUAAUGAAGAUAUUUCGAAUACAUAUGUUCAUUUAACCAAUGUGGCCAUUCAAAAGACAUCUGACAAUUAUGACGAAAAACUAGGUGGAAAGUGGAAUCUAUAAACCCUUAAACUCUAUUUGAUGACUAAAUAUGGCUAAGAGAAGGUUGCUGAAACCUUUUAUAAUAUUUAAAUGCUAAUGAUUAGAUCACUCCAAGCAGUUCAAAAGAUUAUCAUUAAUGACAAGCAUUGCUUUGAGUUAUAUGGAUUCGAUAUUUUAUUGGAUGCAUAACUAAAACCAUGGCUAUUGGAAGUGAAUGCAAGUCCUUCUAUGACAUCUAAUACUCCUGUAGAUUUUGAAUUGAAGUGUGGUUUAUUGGAUGAUGUAUUUACAAUAAUUGAUUUGGAGAAAGUGUUGACAGGAAAUGAAGAAUAAAUAGGAGGAUUUGAUUUGAUAUGCAAAGGAAACCCAAUCAAAUUGCCUGUUAAUAGCACAUUCACUACUUAUUUAGGGGCAUUUAACAACAGGUCGCAAUAAUUAAAGAAAAUUGCCAAAUCUACAGCAAUCAGAUUGGCUUAAUCAUAUUAGGAAGGCCAAACUAAAGCUAUUGAAGUCGGAUCUAAAGGGUAAAAAGAGAAAGAGGAAAAAGAUAAGUAAAUGAGAAGCUCAUCUAAAGGACCACAAGUUAUGCAAAAUGGAGUCAAUGGUAGUAUUAAAACUACUAAUUAAUCUAAAUAAAAUACAAUAAUAAAAAGAAAUACUACUAAUUUGCCUGCUUUAGGAACUGCGCAAAAUAAGAGUAAUAUCAAAAGAUACCCAUUAUAAAAUGCUGGUUAAUAAUCAUAACAAAUUUAGUAGUCACAAAAUAAUUCUAGCAAAAAAAAUAAUCCAAAUGAAGAUUCCAUGUUAAGUGCAAAUCAGAAGUUACAGAAAUUAACAUAGGAAAGUAAAAUAAAUUAGUUUUAACCUUAUAAAUAAUAAUCAUAAUACAACGAUGUCAUGGGCAUGGGCUCGAGAAAUCUUUAAAAAAACGAAGAAUGA